AACCCACCUCACUGAGCAUCACCAUAAAAACCAGGCUUUGUUUCAGACCGUUGCUCUUUAACUUCAUCUGCUUCAUCUUCAGACCUGAACAUCUACAAGAAACACCAGCUAUGAAGACUCAAGUCGUUCUGCUGCUUGUCUGCAUGCUUUUCUCCAAAGCCCUGUCACUGAAUUGUUAUCAGUGUCUGCCUUCACUAACUGGACCGUGUACCAAUGAACAGACAACCUGUUCAGAUCAGUGUGCCUCUUCAACUAUUUCUGUUUUCACAAGUGGGACGAAGCAAGAUAUCAGUAUGAAGACUUGCGGUGUUGAAGACUUGUGUGUAAGUGGCAGCAUGAACAUAGGAAUAGUAAAAGUAACCAACAAUGCCCAAUGCUGCAGCACUAAUCUGUGUAACAGUGGAACACCACCAGCUCUUCCCAAACAGGUUCCCAACGGGAGGGUGUGUUACACCUGUGACACGAACGACUGCUCAGCAAAAGUAUACUGUGAAGGAAAUGAAGAUCGCUGCAUCUCUGCUUCAGUUAAACAAGGGGGCAACACCGUGUCUAUGAAAGGCUGUGUGUCCCAGGGCUUCUGUGUUGGUUCCGGAUCAUCAGGCGUGCCAGGAAUCGGGUUAACGAGUGUGCAUUGUUGUGAAGGGAAUCUGUGUAACGGUGCUGAGGUCUUCACACUGAGCUUUGUCCUCAUGAUCGUCCCUCUGAUCUCCUCCAUUCUCUUCUCCUGAACUCUCAGAGUUAUCGACAUGAAAUACAAAUAGAAAUAUCAGAUUAGGUCAGAUUGUUUUUUAUUUUGGACUGCUUUUUGGAAAAAUUGUGAAAUUUAAAAAAAAAAAAAAGAUAUGCAGAAAAAUCUAGAUAAAUUAAUAGAGUUUGAAAUGUAAUAAACUUUACUCGUCAAUAAGCUUGUUUUUUUAUAUCCAUUUUUUUAUAUCUUUUGGUGAAACCUGCAUUUUGAUGUUCAUGGUCAUUACAUUUCUGUAAUAAAGUGAAAUGCAGACUUCUGUGUA